AUGAUGCAACGCGGCUCCUCGACGCCACAGUGGCCAGGCUACUGCGAAGACCCAAACGACCGCGUCGUCCGCAAGAGCAGCACUCACGGGAGACAGUCCAACGUACCGCGCCUAAUGACACCGCCACCGGGCAGAGCCCGUGGCUUGACGACUCACUCUAAUGCCUCUACGACUUCGCUCGUUGGAAGUCCUAAUCCUCGACCUGUGCACGGCGCGCCAAAUCCACCGACCUCGACUCCGCCUCAGCUCAGCAUUACCGCGCCUACUCUUCCUAUCGGCUCGAACUCUCCAAUCCCGUACUCGCCGCCCCGAUUGACGCCCCCGCCCGCGUUCAUGGUUCAACAGUUUGAACAGACGAUGGCUUCCCUCGUGAAGCAUCCGACGCUUCUGGUUUCUCGCCCACCUCAUGGCUCUGCCGUGACCUUCCAAAGCUCUCGAGGGUCCUUGCACACUUCUGGCGUGACCUCUCCGAACUCUCGAGGGUCCUUGCAGGCCUCUGUCGGGCCAAUUCAGACCCCUCGCCCGAAAGACCCGCUUCCGAAGUGGCUCCUUGAUCGACAACGGUCCAAGCCUCCGAGAUUGGGCGGUGAUUUUUUAGGUGGCUCUUCUACUUCCUCCUUGAACGCUGCGGCUUCACCUUACAAGCCCAUCCCGCCCUUUCGCCCGGAUUUUCUGGGUGGUAAAGACGGCCUCGAGGAGGUACCACUAUCACCACCCGCCGGCCAAAGCUCGUUCAGCGGCCAACUGUCCUUCCGCGACCAGCACUCCCCUACUGACUCGCACUGCAAUUACGGACAGCCGUCAUCUUCUCAGCUCGCUUUCAGCGCCGCACUCGUGGAUAUCCCGCCCUUCUCUUCCACCCCGCCGGUGCCACCCGGUCUCGGGUUCAAGACCGACGACGACGAUGAGAUUGUGUGGGAUAAAGACGUGCUGAGGGGUAGGCCGUCGACGGUGGGCGCGAUCGGCUCCGGGAGGCCAUCGCAGCGCAGCGACAGCGACAACCAGCCCGGCCGCCGCAAGGGCCGCCGAUUUGGGGAGCCUAAGACCAGGAACGGGGAGAAGUUCGCUCAGUUCGAGGAGCAGACCUUCCGGUUUGAGGAGAAGAGCGCCCACUUCGAGCUCUACGACCUUCCUGGGAGCCGGGACGAUUUCGGCUCGCGCUCGUCCUCUUUCUGCUCGGAUUCAUCCUCCGAUUCUGAGAUGUCCGAGGCCUCGUCGUCGUCGUCCGACCAGGACAAGGAUUCAAUCGAGGUCACGAUCAACGAAGUCGACCCCUUCAACGACUUCAUGGACAUCGAUCCUUACUCUCCGGCGAACUCGUCGAUGGCUUCGCAGAUGGAGCCCAGCGUCCAGACAUCGCAAUCUUUCUAUCAGGCCUCGCAGUUACAGGCCGACCAGACCGCGCAGCCACAAGGCAACCAGUCUUCUUCUGAGAUCCUCAACAACCGUACGCGGAAGGCCUACAUGCAGGCCCUGUGGGCUCAGGAAUUACUCGGUCGCUAUGAGCAGGGGCGGUUGGGACGGACGCUGCAAUUUGUGCGGCGGCCUUCUCCGCUGCGGCGGGAGCUCGAACCGGAGGUAUCAUGGGACAACCAUGAAGAGGUGUAGAUAGGAGGGCCAGAAGGAGGCGACAGCGUCGCCCGGUCCUCUGAGGCACUACUAGACGCACCGACGCACUGCACACAGGAUAAGGUCUACGGACGACAAGCUUUCAACCCCUCACUGUAUACUACCACUAGAUCGCACGCUUGC